AGUAACUUCCGGUAUCACGUGAAGAGAAAGCUGUGAAAAUCAAAGACUUAUUUUGGUAAAUUGUUUUACCUAAUACAAUUAAGUCUUUGAUUUUUAAAUAACAUCAUUUACACAAGAAGGUAAAAGAUAGCUUUAUAACUAUAAAAUAUGAUUUAAUUGCAUACACAUUUAUGAACCGUGGUUAUAAGACAUUAAUCCUUAAAAAAUAACCCACUCAGCUGACUGAACUGAAGACGAAGUUUUCACCUUCUUGGACACACUCAGUAUGUAGUAUGUAGUCUGUAGUAUACUUAAACUUAAGAUUUACACAUGUAAAUUAAUUAAAAUUUGUUAAGGUUUUGUAUAUAUAUUUUUUGCCUGUUGUACUGUGUACAGUAAUGUGUCAUUUAUGAAAUUAAGGCGUAUCUGAAUAAAUAAUAGUCCCAGUCUCAAUUUUAAAAAAGUAAAAAAGUCAGUUUGACUUUGAAACUAAUGAUUACUGACAAAUGAAACUCAUUGAAAUUGAAAGAAAAUAAUUGAAAAAGUCAGUCCUGAAUCCAAUAAUCGAACCUUGGUAUUGAAAAAUAGCCAUGACUGAGCUUGGUCACGUGGUGUUGUUUGUGCAAGUCUUUCACACCUUGAUUAUUCAUUCCAAUGCCAUGUCAGCCCCUGCUGGCUGUGUCAAUGUCACUGGUGCCACUGGUGGAGUAAAUAAAUUGAUUCAUAAUCAUUUUGUCAAUUUUUAGACAUUCUUCAAAGCCCAGUCAAAUGUUUUUGCAUCGGAGGGUCACUUAAGUCACUACCUAUUUCUUUAUCUAUUUUAAUAAUAAUUUACUCUUACACCACAUAAAAAUAGUUGCUCUAUAAUGUGAUGAAGUUUAAUUAAAGUUUAUUGCACUGUAAAUAAUACAGUUAUACAUUACAGUUCUAAAAAAAUCUGCAAUUAAUUACAAAAUGCAUGUUUUGGGGACAAUUAAUGACAUUGGCAGUUGGAACAAAGCUGAUUGAUCAGUAAUUAGUGACUUUGCUGAUUAGUGCAACCCUAAUUAUGUUACCAGUACCAGAUGAAAAAUCUAACCAUGUCAUGUUUCUUUAGAACCAAUUGCAAACCUUUACUGCUUCAGUCUAUACAUUUGUUAAAUUGGCUCUAUAGUCUAUGAUCAUAAGAUUAUAAUUUGCUUAGCUUAUACAAUUUACUAAGUAUUUUUUAAUUACUAAUAGUAUAACUAUAAAUUAACACUGCAUUGCCAAAAUAACACCUAUAUAAAGGCAUUUUUUUGGCAUCUCAAUUAAUUAGGUUGAUUUUAAAAUCUUUUUCUAUAUUAUAUUGUUAGAUCACUUGGCCCAAUCAGGUCCAAGAUGAUAUAGGGUGAAUGACUUAAUUUACAGAACAAAAAAAUAGUUCUACUUCAAAAGCAAUCAUGCAGGCCCUGAUCUAACAUGUACCCCUUCAGCAAUAUCACUACUCACCAAAUAGAUCAAAUAAAUCUUUCAUUCACUUAACUUUCACAUAUUUUUGCAGGAGCUACAGUUAAAAGAAAAUGGCAGCUCUAAUGAAUGAAUAUUGGCUCAUCUCAGCACCAGGAGAUAAAACUCCACAAAACACAUUUGAGAAACUCAAUCAUGCUACAAAAAAUGGAAAUGACAAACUUUCAGAAAACUUCAAAUUCAGUAUUCCUGAUCUAAAGGUAUAAUAGAAAGAUUAAAAAUAAAUAAUUCAAAAGUUUAAAAAAAUAAUAAAAUUUAUUUUUGUUCUGUUGAAAACACAGAUGAAGUUAUUACAAUAAAAUUGUGCCUUUUAAAAAAUCUGCUUCAGGUUGGCACACUUGACGUACUUGUUGGUUUGUCUGAUGAUCUAAAUAAAAUUGAUACAUAUACAGAGAGGUAAGACUAGUUAUUUUUUUGUUUCAGUAAUGGAUUAAAUAAUUUUUAUUAAAAUAUAAGAGAGAUGAAUUUGAUCAUUUGAAACAUUUAGAAAUUCAAACACAUAAUUUGGAAGACUAAGUAAUAUUAAUUUUUACCACGCUUUAUUUGGAGAGUAAAAAUGUAAUAAUAAAGGCAGUUUUUAUAUAAAUAAUAACUGCAAUAUUUUUUUAAAGUGUUUAUCCUGAAUAUCACUGUUUUGGGCCAUUGUUUUUGAUUAGCUUGGCUUUGAUGUGACAUCAAAUGAUGUCUCGAUGAUGUUUUCUUCUAUUGCCAAGUGUAUAAUCAACAUUGCUUGAUCACUGAAUACAAGUCUGGAUAACCAAUGUCAGGAAUACAUUCAUGAGAAUAUAUUUUUGUAUCCAUAGUCACAACGAAUUCAGUCAUACUUUUAUUUCUCUGAUUUUGGCAGCAUUGUUCGAAAGACUGCAUCUACGCUUGAAGAUGUUCUUGAAACUUCAUCUAAGGGAAAUUUAUCAGAAAACUUGCGUAUCGGAGGAGACAGUGAGAUAUAUACUUACCUUAGUUGUUUUUUUUCUUCAGUUAAACCAGGGAGUUAAAAAAUUUGUUUUAAAUUAAAAUUUAAUUUUCAAGAAAAAUUAAAUCUAGCAGAUGUUAAAAAAAUGUAUGCUUGUCGAUUUUCUAAAUAGAGUGAAGACAUUUUAGAUAGAAAGUUAACAGAACACACCAAAAAAGGUAAUCUGAUAUUCUUCACAAUUUUCAGGAUAAGCAAGUUAUUGACCCAUUUUUGGUUAUGUCUGUGUUGUAAAUUAUUUGCUCAAAUGUCACAUCAAUUUUUCCCACUAAAAAAUUGUUAAAUUCCACAUUUUCUUUGUCUUUACCUAGUUCCACCACAAGUAUAUGCUCAAAAAUUCACCUGGGACCUGGCCAAGUACCCCGUGAAACAGCCACUCCGUGCUAUUGCAGAUGUUAUCUCCAAGGUCAGUGUGCGAUAAUAUUAAAAUAUGUUUUAACCCUUGGCUUUUUUAACAAGAAUCUUUUAGAAUAAAUCUUUUACUAGAUAGAAUAUAUGUGUGAUUUAUUUUCUCGCAGGAUGUCACACAUAUUGAGGAGGAAUUGAAAACUCGUUACAACAAAUACAAUAACCUGAAGGGAAACCUUCAGCAGUUGGAGCGCAAAUCCACGUAACUAUGUCUAGUUUAAAUUUUAAAAAAAAUUUGAAUUAAUUUGUCAUAAAUAAAAAUAAUGUUUUAAUAUAAUUAGAUAAUCUUAAAUAGCUUUUGUUUUUAAAUUGGUCUUGCACGAUUCAUUAAACAAGCCUGUUUAAAAAGAAACUAUUCUGCUUGAUUUAAAAAUAUUUAAUGUAUCCAGACCUGUUUACCCUCAAACUCUUAAAAUCGUACAAUAUCAUCACAAAAUCUUUCAAUACCUUAUAUUUAUAGUAAAAAAUAAUCAUACAGUAUAUAUAUUGUUUACACCUCAAAAUUGUACAUUGUAAGCCAAAAUCGUAAGAGUAAACAGGUCUGUGUAUCAAUUAUAUUUAGAAUUAAGCUAAGAGUAGCCAUUUAUGUCAGAGAGUACUGAACCCACUGUCAUAUGUGUAAAAAAAAAUACCCAACAGUACAAUAACUGUUUUGUAAUGAUAUAAAUGUUUAUUCUCACGAACAAAAUGUAUGAUUAAAUCAGUCUAAAAUUUGACCAAAGUACAAUGUAUUUUUUCCAUUUAAAACUUUUAGUGGCAGUUUGUUAACUCGUAAUGUUGCUGACCUUGUGAAGAAAGAGGAUUUUGUUCUAGACUCUGAAUAUCUCAUCACUCUCGCUGUUAUUGUACCCAAGUAGGUUUCUUUUCAUUUGGAACUGUUGACCCUUUCUUGGUCCAAAUAAAUUUAUAUAUUUAGGCAUUUUUAUAUAGCCCUUACCUUAAAGCUCUAAGCGCUUUACAAUUAUUAAAAACAUGUAAACUGAGUAAAAUAAAAAUGAGACACUAGGAAAGUAACUACUAUACUAUAGAAACAAUUAAAAUGGCUAUAAAACGAGGACACUUUGGCACGUUUUGGCCUAUACUACAGGAUCAACCCGAGAAAGAAAAUAGCCAGGGCAAGGAGGGUGCAUCACAGGUCAUAUGCGGACCUAAACAGAUGGGUUUUAAGGGACUUUUUGAAAGUGGACGAGGUUUCACAAUGACGGAUAUGGAAAUGUCCAUCACAAUUUUUAGUCUCCUUUCUUGAUAAGCCUAUGUUGCUUUACCUGUAAUCAAAGAAAAUGCUGCGCCUCUUUUUGCCCCAUAUAACAUAUUCAGGUGUAAUAGUAUUGUUCAAAACUAUAUGAUUUUCCACCUAUCAGAGUAUUGGCUGAAGAUUGGCAGAAGAAAUAUGAAACCAUCACUGACAAAGUUGUUCCUAGAUCAUCAAGGUAAAAAGUGGCACCUCUUAGCAUUAACAGAUUGCUUCACUGAUAAUUAAGUAAGAUAAGUUGAUUGUCAAAUAUCAAGAAUAUAAAAAUAGCUUUUUAAAAUUAGAAUAUUUUUAAUGACUGCGAGGAGGUUACUAAAAAUGGUAUUUUUUUCAAAAUUGGAAUUCCAUAAUGCAUUAGGUUAGCUUAAAAUAUUGUGGAAAACCAAAAGCAAAACAGUCUCUUCUUUUUCAAUAGUUUUUCUAAAAUUUUAGUUUGUUGUCAGGAUAUAUCACGCUUCCAAAAAAGGUCAUUUUUAAAAGACUAAAAAAUGUGUCCCAACUUUACAGCAUUAUACAAAGGCAACAAACUUCAUUAUUCAAAACUUUGUUUUGAUCAGCUUCUGUCUGGAUUGCAAAUUUAUUUUAUUUUUUUAAUAAAAUAUUUAUCUCUGUACUUAGCAACAAAUAAGCUUAAUCUUACGUAGAUAAAAUUGGUGUUUGCAUCUUUAAAUUCUUCUGUCACCUCACAGGGUGGUGUAUGAGGACAAUGAGCAUCAGCUUUGCACAGUCACACUAUUCAGAUUGAUUCAAGAUGAUUUCAAAAACAAAUGUCGUGAGCAUAAGUAAGAAAUUUGUUCAGCAUGAGAAAUAAAUUUUUGCAUUCUUUUGUGUAAAAUUAGCUCAGGGUGCUAUUUGGGAAAGGAGGCCAAUUCGGAAUACAUCAGUCUAUAUGAAGUGGAUUUUAAAAUCAUGGCUACACUAUCCCUACACACAUAGAAAUGUCAUUUGAGUCUUCUUUGCCUAAUAGCAUAGAGCAGGUUCAGUAAUGUGUUCCCUUUACAUUGACAUCACAGACUUUUAUUCUAACAAAGGUUAUGAAUCCACUAUUUUAAAGUCACUAUCUCCACUACCAUACUCAUCAUCUACAAGUUCAUCAGGGAAAUUUAGGUGGGAGCCAUGCCAAUAAGUCUACUUUUUAUGAAUUUUAAAUAUAUUUAUUCAAAAUGAAAUAUCUGCCUAUAAAAUUUAAGAAAAAAAAUAAUUUGAUAGUAUCAUCUCUCUAGGUUGAUUUCUUCUUGAAAUGUUGUCUUGAAAAGUUUUAUUUUGGAAUCAAGAUACUUUACAUCGUUGAAUAAAUGGAUUUUGAUGAGGGUUUAUUGAUAAUUCCUUAAUUAUUGAAUAAUAUUUAAAAGUUAAUUGCAAUAAUUUUUACAAAUUUUCCUUAGGUUUAUGGUUCGAGAUUUUGUUUACAAUGAAGAAGAGAUUCAAGCUGGUAAAACUGAGCUUGACAAACUCAAUGCUGACAAAAAGAAGAAAUUUGUAAGUCCUGAAUUGAGUGGGCUGUUGUUUGAUUGUUCUUUUCAACUUUUAGUCUGUGUUUGGACUUAGUUUUAUUGAUGAUGAAAAUCAAUAGUAUCAAAAGAAAACAAUCAAUAAUUUUAAAACAUGUUGUCCUGAUUAUUUUGAUUUCAUUAACGUUUAAAAAUCUGGACAUUGAAAGAGCAUCAAAAUAAAAGACAUGUAACACAUAAUUUAUAUUUAGACUUAAUUCUCUCAUGGAGGGUGGCUGCAACAUUUUCCUGCUUCCCUAUUGUAUACUUAUAGUUAUACAUCUAAUUCUUUAUAAAUUAUACGAUUUUAUUUAUAAACUAAAUUCCAUACUCCUAACAAUAUUCCACAAGAAUUAAAAGUUUAGUAUUAACUCAGUUAAUUCGGUUAAAAUAAGGAUUCCACCGCAAAUGAAGCAAAAUAAUAACUGAAUAUUGCAUAACAUAAAACUAGGUAUACAAGCACCAAUUCUGAGACCAAAUACAUCAUACAUAGUUAAUUGACAUGGUUAAACUUACCCCAAUACCACUGCAGAUUGAGGCAAAUAUCCUGAAUAAUAAUUUUGAAAUGACUCUUAAACUACCAACACCCGAAUUGUUUAACCUACACGAUGACCAUAACCAUGUUCACCACCCUUUUUAACUAAUGUAUCAAGACAAAUUGACAGUUUAACUCUUACUUGUCUGUAAUUCUGGCCACAAAUAACAGCAUUGUUGAAAAUUGUGGGAAUCGCCAGUGUUAUAAAAAAAUGCAAAUAAAAAGUUCAAAAUCUCACUUGAGCAAAUUAAAAUGGGCAAGUUUUUUCAGGUUCUUGUUACAUCCAUAAAUGAUGUCUCUCUACUUUGACUCUGCACCCCCCUCCCCCCCCCCCAUUUUCACAAAUUAAACACUUAAAUUACACAGUGUCACAAAUUUGUGGAUGUUUGACACUGUUUAUAGAUGGCCUGCUGCGCAAAAUUAAAACAAAUACUUUUAAUGUAUAUUACAAGAAAUAUUAGAAAAGUUAGAACCAACUUAAAUCUUUUACUUCCUUAAGCAAACCAGUUAUACUUUAGUAAUAGUGUUAUAUUAUUUUAAUAAAUGAAAAUUGAAAAUUAUUGUAAAAAUAAAAUUGAAACAUCAACUAGCAAAAUCUCAUGGAUAAUCUGGUUCAAUAAAAUGAGUUGAAAGAAACAGUACUGCAACAAACUUCAAACAAUGAUGAAUUUAAAAAAAAACACUUUACCUUUAUGAUUUAUCUUCAGGGUCCAUUGGUGAAGUGGCUGAAAAUCAACUUUGGUGAAGCAUUUGUUGCCUGGAUGCAUAUUAAAGCUCUCCGUGUUUUUGUGGAGUCAGUGCUUAGGUUACUAUAAUUUUCUUCUGUGAAAUUUGUAUAGCUGCUUGUCGAUGGAGACAGGAAAGAAAUGUUUAUAAAAAAUUUUCAAGAAAAUUCUACUUUAUUUUUAUAAUAUAAUUUAUAUUUUAUUUAAUCUCUAUCUUGUUUUUUCCAUCUUUAGAUAUGGCCUUCCUGUAAACUUUCAGGCCAUGUUGGUUCGUCCCAUUAAGAAAAACCACAAACGUCUUAGGGAGGUCUUGAACCAACUGUAUGGACAUUUGGACUCAACAGCUUUGUCUGGUGAUAAGGUGAUUAUUUUUUUCUUUUUACAUGAUAAAUUAUUUUAUGUUAUAAAACAAAAAUAUGAUCAUAUGAAUAAAUUGCAAGGUUGGUUACAAUAGUUUUUUCAAGGUCUUAACGAGUUCAAAACUUAACUUUUUUUUUCUCGACAUGCCAAACUAAUUGGGUUAACUUUUUGUUUAGGGUAGCAUAUUUACGUCUAAGAAACUAUUUGAAUCCCCUUGCUUCUAGUGGUGGCCCUGACUAACCCACAACAGCAGUUAAAUAGUUGUAAAAAAUGUCUGAGAUCUUUUAAUGGUUCCAGCAGCACCAUACCCAUCUUUAUUCUAUUGUAAUUUUACUUUUUAAGUGAACUAAUUGUUUAUAUUUUCUAAAUUUAUGUAUUAGGUAAUUUCCAUAUAUAUUACAUACACAUUUGUUUGGGGGUGGGGGUGGUAUAAAGAGUAUGAGAUUAUGGGCAAUGGAGGAGGGACGUCAGCAAAUGAAUGACAGCACGUUGCUGUCAUAAAAAAAUAAAAAAACAUGUUUGUAGCAUCUGGCCAAUCUGCCAGACGACUCAUCGUUUACUUUGCUACAAGCCUUAUUGUAAGUUCCAGUAGUUGGGUGGGGUGUAAGUUUUUGUUGUUUAGGCCAAGGCAGUAAAUUAUUAUUAUAGAAAAGAUUUUCAGAUGAUGACCAAAAAAUCAUUAUUUACUAAAGUUACAUUUUUUUUUCAAAUUUUCCUUUCAUCUGAAGUUUUAUUUAUUUCUGAAUUUUUAUAAUAAAUGCCCUGCAGUCAUAUACAACACAAUGUACUCCCCAUGAGUAAUUCAAUAGUCAUUAUCACUAUCCCUCAGAUGAGUGCAAUGGAGAUACCAGGCCUGAAUUUGACGUCCUCAGACUACUAUCCAUAUGUGUUUUACAAGAUAACCUUAGACAUGCUGGAGCCACAGAGAAUAUAAACCCAGCUCAUUUUAGGUCAUAUUUUUUCUCUUUUCCUUGUCCAUUUGCAUGAUGCCAUCAUUAAAAAAUGUCACAACUGCAAAGAUCUUUGAACUUAUCCCAACAACAUUUGAAACAGGAGAUUUUUUUUUUUUAUGUCAUAGAAAUCUUUUUAAAAAAUGUUUUGGUGGAAAAUUUUGUAUCCAAAGAAAUGAUAACCCAAUGGCUGUGUUUAAAAAAAUAAUAAUUAUGAAACAAAUCACAAUGUGGUUCAAAUAUGAUUGAUUUUAAAUGUAUGUUAUUGUAUGAGCAAACCAUGGACAGCAAAGGAUGUUAUUUUUAAUAAAUUCUUGUAGGUCAGUUAGCCAUUAAUGUGAUUGCAAAACUCCAGAUUUGAUGUUGGUAGGUUAUAAAACAUGACUUAGAUUUAGAUUAAUAUUUGGGAAAGCUAUGCUUAAUUUGAAAUUUGAUUUUUAUUUUUACCUUCAAAUAAAAGUUAAGGUGCAAACAAUACACAUGUUACUUUUAACACUCAAUGAAAGGUACCUAUCCUGGUUACGAUUCUAAAUCUCUAAGAAGUUUUCUGGCCUUCCGUAAAGUGUUAAAUGUUAGAAUUCAGCGUACAUUAGAAAUUUGGGGAAUUAAUUCUAUCAUAGCUUCUGUAAGUUGCUUGAAAAUGUUAAUUCAUUUUUUUUUACUCUAAGAAGUUUUCUGGCCUUCCGUAAAGUGUUAAAUGUUAGAAUUCAGCGUACAUUAGAAAUUUGGGGAAUUAAUUCUAUCAUAGCUUCUGUAAGUUGCUUGAAAAUGUUAAUUCAUUUUUUUUUUAUCUUCCAUCUAUUUAAAAUCUGAUGAGAACUGUACAAUGUCAGUCAAAGGUAUGCCUGCUUGUGAUCAGUUGAGUAGCUGCUGUUCAUUAGGUUUAUAAGAGGAUAGAUUAAUUUAUUUAAGUUCAUCAAUUAUUCAAAUGCAAGUAGUGUUGUGACAUUCUUUAUAAUAUUCCAAAAGAAAAGAAACAAAAAUGAACAUUCCAUUGUAAUAAUCUUUAAAAAAAAAACACCUUAUUUCUUCAUUUGAAAAAAAAUGAAUUUAGACUUAAAAGUUUUCCUAAGUAUAGUUAUACAAGAAAAAUUAACAUGUGUUCCACUUGCCUUUUUUUCUCUCUCUCUCUCUCUUUUUUUUAAAAAAUAUUAAAAUGCAAAUUGAGGUACUGUUAAAAUGUUUAUAUGGGUCAUUUUUUUGUAAGUAGAAUUCUUCACCAUUGUUGUGAACAGUUUUGAGUGAGGAGUGAGUGUAUAGAGAAAUGUGUUUCGAAAGAUCACCCAUUGAGUUGUCGUUGAUGUAAAACACACCAUCUUGUCGCAUUACUAUCAACAAUUUUACUUUUAAACUAUUUGUAAUCCGGAAUAACCUGUAGAUUAAGUAUUUUGUACCUCGUCAUAUCAUGUGUAGGGAAACCUUGAAGGUUUCCUUGUGAUAAUCAGAUAGAUUAGUCAUCGGCUCAUCCUUUCAUGUGAUAUAAUGGAUGUAUUUUUUGUAUUAUUUGGAAUUAAGUGUAACAAAUAAACUCAAACAAACCCAUCACUAUUUCAGGUUUGUAGAGUUGGAUGUGAGUUUCAUCAUAUUAUGUCUUUCUACAUCUUAGGCAUCUGCCAAUAUAAUUUGUUAUUUCCUUUACUCAAAGGCUUUAUUAUGGGUAAAUGUGUUAAAUAUUUGUACUAGAUCAGGCUGGGAUGCCUUGCUGUUCAAUUUGGGGCAGUCAUUUUCCCAAGUAAUUAUUGCUACAGAGAGAAAAUAGGAGCUAUUUAUUUUAGGGUGUUUUUAAUUAUUUUUUUGUGUGCAUAAUUCUAAAAUUAUAAUUUUGAACAUGAUUUUUUAAAUUGGGGACAAUAGCACCAAAUAUGAUAGAAACAAAAUAUGCUCUUUGAAUGAAUGUAUGUGAAGUAAAUUAUAUGGUAUGUUUUGAUUCAGUUGUAAAUAUUCACUUACUGGCAUAAGUGUGGGAAAAAUAAACAUUGAAUAGAAAUUUAGAUAGAGACAUCAAUUUUUUCACCACCAGCCAAGCGUUUUUUUUAGUCAUCAAUAUUACUAUACAUUCUUACCGCCCCUGUGUCAUUGACUAAAAAAGCAGGCCCUUUAGAGAUUAGCAUUAAUUUAUUUUGUUUAAGAGGAAGUUUUUUUUUUUUUUUUUAUUAUAUUACUAUACAUUCUUACCGCCCCUGUGUCAUUGACUAAAAAAGCAGGCCCUUUAGAGAUUAGCAUUAAUUUAUUUUGUUUAAGAGGAAGUUUUUUUUUUUUUUUUUAAUUACCUCAGACAGCUAUAACUUUCGAACCCCCACCAGAUGUUUUUUAAAAUACAAGUCUACCGGUACUCAACAGUAGAAUGUUAAAAACAAUUUUUUAACAAGAACCAUAAUCAAGAAUUUAUUUGUUCCUUUCAGGAACUCUAUGAUUAACAAGUUUUCGUCUUUACAAACAAAAUAUGUAAUUAUAUGAUUGUAAUGACAUUUUUAACAUUUUAAAUCUUGAUUUAUUGGUACCUGCUAUGAAGGGUAAAUUUAUCUAAAUUUUUUGGUUAGGUUCAAGAAAAAUUUGGGGAUAAUGUUUUCUGGAUGUUAGUAAAAUUAUAAACAUCAUAGAGUUUAUACUAUAGAUCUGACAACAGUUUGUGUUUCAGAUUGUUAGAAAUGUAAAUUAAAUUUUGUUCAUAUUAUUUGGAACUCAUUUAUUUACAGUCCUUCAAUUAUUAUUUUUCAUUUACAGAUCUAGCAGUAACAGUUUUAGGUAUGAGAACUCCUUCCUUCAUAAUUGAAUACAAAAACCCCUGUAACUAAAUGUAUAGACUGAAUGUACCUAACACAUUGUUCAUAUGUAGCUAAAUAAAAAGUCAAGAAUAAAUAGAUAUAUAUAUAUAUUGUGGUCUCCUUGAGUAUUAAUAUUGUGUUUUUGUUCCGAGUGUU